CGGUCAUUAGAACAGACUGGCUAUAACAGUCCAUUUCUACCUAGAAUUUUUCAAGAUCAAUCGACCUUCACGAACAGGAUUUCGUUCAUAGAAAAUUGCUAGUGUUCGGCUUGCUCCAUCCAUAAUUAUCAGUAAUGUAUUGAUAUUCCGGUGCUUACGUCCGGAUUAUACGAUUAUUGAUAUCAUAGCGAAAUGGAUACGACUUGUUUAUAUGAUUAAAGAGGUGAUAGAGAGAGUUGAUGAUCAUUCAUGCAUUUCUCCCAGCUCAGGAUAUCAAUGUCAGUUAUUAAUAUACAAUAUUUCAAGGGGAUGGCAGUUUGGAAAUGGCAUGGUUUUCCACCUUGAAGAUACGAAAGUGGAGAAUGAUUCCUUCUUUGACAGGAUAGCGAUGAAAGUAGACUAUGGAGACGUGGAAGUCAGUGCUGUCCAGGUACCGGAAAAGGAAGCAGUCCAAUUAGAUUUCUUUAUCAAACAAAAAGAAGAAGGAAGAAGUAAAAAGAUGGGUAACAUGCUACUACCCUUCUUUAUUGGAGCUACAAAAGCUAGUGCUCUGACAAUACUAUUGGGUACAGUAAAACUGAUGGUGAUGAAGUCACUGAUGAUAACAAAAAUAGCGGUAUUGGUAUCAGCUGCGAUUCUCCUAUGUAAAUACCUGAAGAAAAGUGACAAACAGCCAUCUUAUUUGGAGGUUGAUGACCAUUUACCAGCCAUUGAAUACGGAGGUUAUGGCGGUACCGGAAGUUACAGUACCAACUCGUUCAACUAUAUGCCGUAUAACAGCGUGUACCCUCUCACAGCGUCAGAUUCACAGCUUUCUUAUGAUGCAGUGGCUCCACCUGAUGGCAAUAUAUCAGUACCAUUGAUGAAAGUGGUACCGGCAGCCAAGCGGAGAUAUUCGGUCAAGAGGAAGGUAGUACCGACAGUGGUGACUAUCAAGAAGUACGUGAGAACGGACAGUUGAGAUUAGGGGAGAUUGGGGCAAGAAGAAGAACAGUUUUUCUUUUAAUCAAUGUAUUUAUUGGUUGUGAAUGUAUGAGUUCUGUUUGAAAUAUAUUUGUUUUAUUUCCUA